AUGGUGCGUUACCCCACUGUGGAGGUACGUGCUGAGACCUUCAACGGGUCAACACAUGUGCCUGUACCAUCCAACAGUGCUUUUGUUAAAGCUCUGCUGUUUGAACUGAGACUCCCAGAUGACCACAUUUUUGUGGAGCACCAAGAUACUUGUACUCAAAUCAAUAAUUCGUCAGCGUAUUCCGUUCGCACCGAAGGAGGGGACCUCUGGCCUAUCCUUGCUUUUCAGAAGAGUGGUCUGAUAUGUGCGUGUCUUUCACUAGUUGAGGAUACCUGGGAGCCACAGCCACCCCUCCUCACUGUUCUUGGGCUUUUGCAAGAUCUGGCUCUUCUGUUGGGCAUUGUGGACUACAUCUCUCCAAGUCGGAAAAAUGAAGCUGAGAUGACUGCAAAAAUAGCCCAGCUUUGAAAUCUGCUUAUCCAGGCCUGUCCCCUUGGCACCCCCUUAAACACAAACAUUCGCAGCUUAAGCAGCUCGUUUGAUGACAUUCAGGAGACGCCUCAGAUGAGAACCCAACCAGCUUGGAGAUCCAACACUUACAAAGGCAAACCUCAGCUUAAUGUCUGUAUCACUGAAAAGGUCAAGUGUGUGCAGUAUGACAAGGGAGAUUUUGUGGGCACGUGGCAAGUUUAUGGAGCUGUAAACUGCAAGUGUGACAUAGAGGCGUCUGCACCAAACGUAACCCUCAGCUUGGAUAUCCCAACUAAUGGUCCUCCUCUCCAAGAUAUCAUGGUACAUCACUGUGUGACCUCUGUUGACCCUGCCAUGCUGCUGUCCAGCAGUGCUGAGCCACUGGAUGAUUCCAUGUACAGUGGACCUUACAACUUUCCUUUCAUUCCUCCUUCAGAUUCAUUCAACUUGUGUUACUACACUUCCCAGGUUCCCGUUCCACCAAUUUUGGGAUGUUACCAACUCAUUGAAGAGGGAUCACAGUUUAAAAUUACUGUUAAUUUAAAACUUCAUGAAAGCAUAAAGAAUUCUUUUGAGUAUUGUGAAGCUCGUCUGCCUUUUUUCAACAGGGGCCAAAUCACUCAAUUAGAGUACAAAGCUAGUUAUGGCCAACUGGAUUUGUCACAAGAGAAGAGCCUUGUGGUUUGGAUGCUGUUUCUGGCUUUAGGACAGAAGUUCCCUAAGUCUUUGGGAGUUUCCCUGACAGGAACUGUGUCUUUUGGCACUGCAGGCAAAGAGCACCCAACGGAUUAUGUUUGCACUGGGAAUACUGCUUAUGUGAAAAUGUAUUUUAGGAUCCCAGAUUUCACACUUACUGGAUGUUAUGUAGACCAGCAUUCUAUUCAGAUCUUUGCACCAGGAAAACCCAAAAUUACUGCAUCCCAAGAACUAAUUUCUUCUGAUGACUACACCUGGAAUUCCAAAGCACCAGCACCUAUGGUGUACAAAGCCUCAUUGGAUUAA